GUCUGACGUCAUGACGCCGUCCUAGGAGGCGUACGAAACAUGGCUGCUCACUGCGAGUGGAGUCGUUUAUUUCUUUCUUUCUGUUUAAUACCGACUCAAUAACGAUGAUAUAUACCAUGGACAAGGUAGAGAAAAUGCUGUCGUUAGCUGAGGAAGAAGAGGUGGAAGAGGUGGAGGAAGAAGAAGCAGAAGAAGAGGAAGAUGGAAGUGACAAAGAAGCAGAAAGCGGGGAUAAUGAGGAAAAAGAAGAAGAAGCAAUGCCACAGACCGCAGAUAAAACUGAGAAAAAGACUCCGUUGCCUGUUCAACCUAAAGACAAAAAGCAGACCGGGGUCCUGAACCUCAACAAUGAGGUGGUGAAGAUGAGAAAAGAAGUGAAGAGGCUGAGGGCUCUGACCAGCAGGAAGCUGACACGUCAGAUUGCUGCCCUGAAGAAGAAGAAGGGGAAAGAGACGGAUAUUGAGAGGAACCAGAGGAGAGCUGCCAGACUGCUGGAGGAGAUCCAUGCGAUGAAGACUCUCUCACCAGACCUGGUGACCAAGACCGCCUUACAGAAGAAUCUCAACUUUGAACAGGUGUGUAAAAACCCCAAGUCAACUAUCUCUGACCGGGCUGUAGCACGCAUCGCCACCCACCCUCAGUUCAGCAAGAAGAUUGAGGACAUCAAGGCUGCUGUGAACGCCUUCAAAGAGGAGAGAAUGAAGGAACUAAAUCAGGGAGAUAUAAAGAGGGUGCAAAAUCAAGAUGGAAAAAUGACUUUGCAGUCACCAGUCAGGGGAGGAAGAAAGAGAGAGGAGGAGGAGGAGGAGGAGGAGGAGGAGGAGGACAGCGCAGUGGAGCAGAAGGAAAUGGCAGACAGUGAGGAAGGAGAUGGCCCUCUCAAAAACUCAAAAGAUAUAACUAUUGCUAAACCUGCAAAAGACAUGGGGAAAAAAACUCCUUCAGCUGAUGCUGGUGAUGAUCAAAAGAAAAAAAUGCUAGAGACUAAGAGUGAGAGACCAGCAUCAGCAAAAAAUAGUCAAGUAAAGGAUGUUGAGAAAAAUAACCCACAAAGUCAAACUGCAGAAAAGAAACCCAAUCUGAGUCCUGAGGUGCUUCAGACAAAGAAAGAUGAGGAAGAGAGUGAUUUAGAGGAGUCAGACGAUGAAGAGAAAGAGUACUUUGAUGACAGCACAGAGGAACGUUUCCACAAGCAGUCGUCCCAGUCAGAGGAGAGCGACGGCGAUGAUGACUUCUUUUUGGGAAAAGUGAGCAAAUUCAAGAAAAAGAAGAAAAGUGUAGAAGGGGAGGAGAAGAAGCAUGAAGUGAAAGAGCUUUCAACAGAAAAACUGAAAGCUUCAGACCAGGUCCAGAGCGAACUCGAUGAGCUCGAGGCCAGGCUGAAGUCUAAAGCGACCAAGCUUCAGUCUGUUUUCUGUUCUUCCUUGUCUAAAUCUAAGUCCAGUAGGGGUGGAGGUGCAGGCAGAGGUGGGGAUAAAUUUAGGGGCCAAGGGAAACAGAAGCCUGGCAGUGGUCUAAAUAGAGAUUUUAGCAAACAAUCCAAGUUCCAAAAGCAGGAUGACGGUACAGCAGGAGAUUUAGGUGGACGUCAUGAGUCGCAGGAGAGGGGCUUCGCCUCGGCCGGCAGAGGGAGGGGGCGAGGUAGGGGGCGAGGGCGAGGUGAUGGUACAAGACAGAAUGAUCGUAGGGGUGGAGGUGUCUUUUCCCAACAAGCACCACAACAGGCACUGCAUCCAUCCUGGGAGGCCAGUAAGAAAAGAAAGGAGCAGCAAGGACAAAUUCUGGCCUUCCAAGGGAAGAAGAUCAAGUUUGACGAUGAUGACUGAACCUACUUUUUUGUUUGCUUAUUAAUGUCAUGUACAUACAUGUGGUUGAGUGACUUAAAGCUUGUGCCAGUGUUUUGUAGGGAGUAAACAGCUGAGAUUUUUAUAUGAAACGUCAAUAGAAAAAUGUCAAACAAUUAAAUUCUAAACUGUGAAAUGCAUCAUCAAGUCAUAUAAACUUUUUACUAUAUAGGUUUAUGAGUUAACAACAGUUUAAGAAACAAGUAAUGUGGAUGUGCUAUAGUGAUAUUGAAAUUUUGUAAGUGUGGAUUUGGGAAGUAAUACUGUUUGAUUUAUUUAAUGUUUUAACCUGUUCACAGUUGUGCUACUUGUCAUAAUCCAUGUAUUCUUCUAAUGCUUAUAAUGUUAACUAGGGCCGAGUUACUGUAUACAUUCUAUGUAAUUCAUGUACAGUGAUACAGAUGACUAUCCUUAAAAACCAGAUGACUUUUCA